AAGAGAGGAGAGAUCUCUGCUUAUUCCACUGCGCUCCUCCAGAGAGAAAGAGAGACGAUGGCUCUGCUGCAGCUGAUCUUACUGGCCUGUGUGUCUGUGGGGAUGGCACAGGAUUUCGCCUCACCUGAUACCGACAUCCUGGCCGAGCUGAAAGAGCUGAAAGCCAAAAUGGAGAAACUGGAGAGGGAGAAUGAAGUGGAUCUGAGAGCCUUGGAGACCAGGCUGAACAUCAGUGAAAUUAAGCUGGAGGAAGAGAAAACUGUGGUGAAGAAUCUGAAAUCUACAGUGGAGGAGCUAAGGAGACAGAAUGAAGGUCGUACAGAGAUAGACAGACCAAAGGUGGCAUUCUCAGCAACACUGUUUGGAGCUGGCAGUCAACACACAGGACCUUUCAAUACUGAAACCACUCUGAUCUACAAAAAAGUCAUCACAGACAUCGGCAACAACUACAACCCAGCUACAGGGAUCUUCACAGCACCAGUGAAAGGACUUUACUACUUCAGGUUCUCUGGACAUGCCUGGGAUAACCAUUACAUGGCUGUCAGCCUUUAUAAAAAUGAACAACGCAUAUGUUCUGCAUAUGAUGAGCAACGAUCAGGUAAUGCAAAUUCCUCCAAUGGAGUAACACUGCUGCUGGAAGAGGGAGAUCGUGUCUACAUGCGUCUCUGGGCAAACAAACUGAUCUUUGACGAUGAAGGAGGCCACAGCACCUUCAGUGGCUUCCUGCUCUUCCCCAUGUGAAGAGAAUAUUUCUAUCACUGUGGGACAGUGAUUCUACAGAUUUGGCAUGGACUUUGUUUUCUCUCUCUCUCUCUCUCUCUCUCUCACACACACACAUUCUGAAAAUGUUUUUGUUACUUUAACUCCAUUGUGACAGAAGAGGUGGGUGGGAGGCCUUCGAUGAUUAUAGACUUUAAUGUUUAAUAAAUGAUGAGAAUCACAAUACUUUUGAAAGCUUAAGCCAUUGACUGAGACACUAAGGUGAUAAGACAAAGAUUUUAUUAUAAUAUUCAUGCCAUUAACGAGGAUAUGCAAUUAUAAUGAUUUGAAAUGAAAUCUAAGAGCAGC